UCCGCGUGAAGUCGGUUCCGGUUCGUUUCGGUUCGUGCAGAAUCGCGGAGAGGCCCGAGCGACCCGAAGCCAUGUCUCCAAAACGCAGACUGAUUACCGACUCUUUCAAAGUGGUGAAGAGAACGAGGACGUCCGAUAAAAGAGGAAAAUCCCCAGUCCCAGAGCAGGAGGCGGAGCCCGACCCCUUGACACCGCGAGAAAAGGACCUGCUCCAACUAAGGAAGUUUGACCUCGACUGGCGCUAUGGACCAUGCACAGGGAUCAGCCGUAUCCAGCGUUGGGAGAGGGCUCAGCUGCAUGGUCUAACCCCCCCAGCGGACGUACGGGAGCUGCUGCUGAAGGGCGAUGAUGAUCCAGACUAUUCCCACUGCCUGUGGCGGGAUUACCCACUCUGAAGAAACACGGACAAUAGUGCCACCUCAGGAGGCUUUAAAAUGUAACAUUCAACCUGUAAUGCUACUUUUUAUAAACUUUUUUUAUUCUUGGGUA